AUGGCGUGUCGCGGCGGCUGCUGCUCCAGCGCCGGUCGCCUGAACGCGGACAACGCGCGGUUCCUCCUGCUGGCGGUGCUGAUCGUGCUGUACAUGCUGUGCGGUGCCGCCGUCUUUUCGGCCAUCGAGCUGCCUACGGAGCGAGAGGCCAAGGAGCGCUGGGAGGAGCGGCUGGAGAACUUCACCCGGCGCCACAACCUGAGCCGCGCCGAGCUCCGGCACUUCCUUCGGGAGUACGAGGAAGCCAGUGUGGCCGGCAUCCGCGUCGAUGACAUUCGGCCCCGGUGGGAUUUCACCGGAGCCUUCUACUUCGUGGGCACCGUUGUCUCCACUAUCGGGUUUGGCAUGACCACCCCAGCCACCGUUGGAGGCAAAAUUUUUCUGAUAUUUUACGGCCUUAUAGGAUGUGCAGGGACCAUUUUGUUCUUUAACCUGUUCCUGGAGCGCUUGAUCACUGUCAUAGCCUACAUCAUGAAGUCCUGCCAUGAAAGACAGCUGAGGAGGAAAGGGGUUCUCCCUCACAACAGCCAGUGGGGCUCAGGGACCUCUGAGGUAGACAGCCUGGCAGGCUGGAAGCCCUCUGUGUACUAUGUCAUGCUGAUUUUAUGUGUAGCAUCACUCAUCAUUUCCUGCUGUGCCUCUGCAAUGUACACACCUAUUGAAGGGUGGAGUUACUUUGACUCACUUUACUUCUGCUUCGUGGCCUUCAGCACCAUUGGUUUUGGUGAUCUGGUCAGUAGCCAGAACAUCAAGUAUGAGAGCCAGGGCCUUUACCGCUUUGGCAAUUUUGUCUUCAUACUCAUGGGGGUGUGCUGCAUCUAUUCCUUAUUUAAUGUGAUCUCUAUUGUUAUCAAACAGUCCAUAAACUGGAUAUUAAAGAAAUUGGACUGCAGGUGCUGCCACAAAUGCCAAAGAAAAUUAUUCCGUUCACGGAGGAAUGUGGUAAUGCCAGGAAAUGUGCGCAGCCGGAGAAACAUCUCCAUUGAGACUGAUGUUGUCAACGAGAGCGACACAGAUGGACGCCGGCUGUCAGGCGAGAUGAUCUCCAUGAAAGACUUCCUGGCCUCCAAUAAAGUCUCACUGGCCAUCAUGCAGAAACAGCUGUCAGAAACUGCUAAUGGCUAUCCGAGGCAAAUGAGCUCUAAUUCAAAGCAAAAUGGAUUCUCUGGUGGGGUUGGAGCCCUAGCAAUUAUGAAUAACAGGCUGGCAGAGACAAGUGUGGAUAGGUAAAAUAAUAACAGUAGUAACAGUGAAACAGUGGGAACCAUUUCAACAAGUAAGAAACAGCGUGAACCACGCAGAAACAGCUAGGGAGAUGGUGUCACCAGAGGGUGGGAUGGAUGUGGAUGGCAUACGUUCUGUUGGAAGACCUUUGACACUUUUUUGGGGCUGUCACUUAACGUCUUUGCUCUUUGAAUUGCACCGAUCUCAGCCUUUCUUCUUCCCCUUACUCCUGUUCCUCAAGCAGGUCACUGUAUGAGAAAUUUGAUUUAGCCUUCAGAUCAGUUUUCCCUACCUGUUUUCCUCCAUUUAUGUGAAAUACAGAUUUCAGAAUAAGAAAUCUGUGAUAUAGGAAGAAAUGAAGUGUGUCUACAGAACACAUUCUUAAUUACUGUUCUGAGCUCUCAAGUAUGACUUACUCUUGUCAUAACUGUUUUCUGAAAGUAGCUUAUUAGAGACCCAAAGAGGAAUCAGUCUUUCUCUAUGAUAUUGCAGACCCAAUUUAAUGGAAAUUAAUAUGAAAGUUACUGGGACUAUUGUGGCUCUAUUGUGAUGUGAAUGGAAAGAGAAUUUGGCCUUUAUAAUUUAAUUUAGUCUUCCCUUCAAAAGGAUACUUUCAAAAGUGAUAGAAUAAAAUUCAGCCUGCUUUUGUUCUCUCCAUUUGCAAAACAUUUUUUUUCUAAGCUACCUUUACUUCUAGAAUUGAAUCCCUGUGGCUUUCUAUUUCAGAAUGACCAAAUUCAAUGGAAAACUGCCAUACUGAUGAGUUGUAUCAAUUAUUCCACAAUAACAGGGACUUUUCCAAAUUUCUGUUCAUAUUUUGCUCAAUUGUGACUGAAGCGAUUGAGCAUCAGCAUUAUGUAAUGCAUAAUUAAAUUGCCAUGCCAACAUUCAAUGUAUUACUAUAAGUGACUGUGAUCACAAAAUCAAUUUGGCAGUGUCCUUUUUUCCUUUCAUGUAAUUCUGUCAUUCUUCACCUGUUUUUCUGCCUUUUGGUGAUGAUAAUGACAGGGUCUUGAUUAGGGAAAUAGAAAAUGUUUAACUCCUCAUUUUUCUCAAAUAAGUGCUCUGAGUGUUUAUUACGACUUGAAAGGAGACUUCAAUGAGAAGUAACAGUGAGAAGAAUAUAAAAACAGGAAGAAAAGAGGUGAUCUUUAAUGACAGUGAAAUCAUCCUUUGUAUUAGGUAACUGAACAAAAAAUAAGGUAUAAAGUUACCAUAAAGUCUAGCAAGAAUUUAAGGAAGACUGGGCUGAAUUUCUGAUUCUCCUUUAACCAUGAAGUGCAUUAAAGCUAAACCAUGUAUGAGAGUGUAAAUAAGGAGAAUUGGUCACGAAGGACCUGAUCCAAUUCCCUGGAAAAGAACAGUACAUGCAUCAGGACUGUUUUCUUGCAGCUAGAAAGCCUUGCAGAAUACUACACUUCUGGGGAAUUUAAAACACCGUUGCACAGUUCUUAAUUUGUCUCACACAGAACAAUGCAGAUAGCCUCUUCAGUUUAAUUUGAUGAGGAAUUCGUAUAAUAUCCUUUUUCUUUUCUAUCCUGGCCAAUUGUUAUUUUAUUUAGGAUCAUAAUACUGUAGAAAAACAUUUUAAUACUUAUUUUAAGCAAUAUUUGGAUUUGAAAACAAAACCAAACCUCUUGGAAGCCUUUUAUAUUGUAAAGAAAAAACAGAUAUUAAGCAAAUGUACUUAACUAUUGAAAACAAUUGCAAGCUCUUUUGACAUAUUACAGCUAAAUUUUCCUGAUUAAAAGUCAAAUGCUGCUGUCAUUUCUUAGAAGGAGAACUUCCAGCUGAAGUCCAGAUUCUGAUAUCAGCUCAGCUGUGCAGCAAUGGAAUACCUCUAAUGAUACCCCUUCACAUUUUCAUCUAUGUAAAAUCUAAUUGGCUUCCAAAGCCUAACUUAACUGAGAAAUGCAGUCUGACUGUUUGGUUUUGGUUUGGUUUUCUGUUGUUUGGUUUGGGUUUGUUUUUUUUUUUGGGAGGGGUGUUAUGUAUUAGCAAAAAUUGCCACUGAAUUAUUUUAAGCGAUAUUAAAGUACCCAAGAUCUAUUACAUUGUUACAAUUAUUUUUUUUCUCCCAAGACCACCUUUGUUUCAA